CGGAUGUUGUGUCGUGCUGCCUUGUCUGACUUGACGGACAGUGGUGGUGUUUCUGCGGGUGCUGGACGCGGUGGAUAGCAGCUGGACAGAAAUCUAUAAAGAUGGCCUCAGCAACAGCGACCUACGGGCAGAAGGAGUCUUCGGACCAGAACUUUGAUUAUAUGUUCAAGAUCCUCAUCAUCGGCAACAGCAGCGUGGGCAAAACCUCCUUCUUGUUCCGCUACGCCGACGACUCCUUCACGCCGGCCUUCGUCAGCACGGUGGGCAUCGACUUCAAGGUGAAGACCAUCUACAGGAACGACAAGAGGAUCAAGCUGCAGAUCUGGGACACAGCUGGUCAGGAGCGUUACCGCACCAUCACCACGGCCUACUACCGAGGAGCCAUGGGCUUCAUCCUCAUGUAUGACAUCACCAACGAGGAGUCCUUCAACGCCGUCCAGGACUGGUCGACUCAGAUUAAAACGUAUUCGUGGGACAACGCCCAGGUGCUGCUGGUGGGAAACAAGUGUGACAUGGAGGACGAGCGAGUGGUGAGUGGAGAUAGAGGCCGGCAGCUGUCCGAACACCUUGGUUUUGAGUUCUUCGAGGCCAGCGCCAAGGACAACAUCAACGUGAAGCAGACCUUUGAGCGCCUGGUCGACAUCAUCUGUGAAAAAAUGUCAGAGAGUCUGGACGCCGGUGAUCCCGCCGUCACAGGGGCCAAACAGGGGCCCCAGCUGACAGAGCAGCCCGCUCCUCCUCACCAGGACUGUGCAUGUUAAAGCUGACUAAUUCCCCCAAAAACCUUUUCCGCUGUCUUUCUUCUUGUCCUCCUUCAGUUGGACCCCAGGUCCUCAGGCCCCUACUUCAUCACCCUUUCUCACUCCCUUUCCUGCUUCUUUCUGUUGGAUCAUUUACUAAUGGUCACAACAACCGGGCUGUAAAGUGUCUGAAAUGCUGAGAUGGUUGUAGUGAACCGGUGAACUGGUGAAGUGUGUCGUCUCCGCACAAAGGAGCUAAAAGGUUGUGUUUUUAACAGUGCUGGUGUUGGUCUGAUGCCAAAGCAAAUUUGAUUAAACUAGAGCAUUUCAGACAUUUCGCAGCCCCAGAACGUUUCCGGCCCAUCUUCCGUUGUCUCUUCCUCUUCCUCAGUGUGGUUUUACAAGAAGGAUUUGACGGCGUACGUCCUGAGAGUGCCAUUAAAAUCCUUCCAAUGUUUACAGUACUUUGUUUCAUGUCAGUCAGAUGUCUUGAAAAGAUGCCAGCCUUGGAUUUGGUCACCAAGAAGGCCACUGUGGAGUUACGUGGGAGUGAUUAUCCAGCUCGAGAUCUGCUCGUUAUCAGUGUGUUACAUUUUCAGAUGUGAUUCUGGAUGCACGCAGAAUCAAAAAAACAAAAAAACAACAAAAAAACACAAAUCUAUGUGUCUUUGUGCUGUCUCACCUGGUAUCUAAACAUGGAUACUUCAAGCAUUUGUUUUUCAUCGUUCAUCCAAGCAUUUCCAUUCUGCCUUUUAUUUUUUUUUACGUGUCUUUUAUUUUGUACUCUGGCGCCCUGUUUAUUCUUUUCAAGCAUUAAAACGCUGGGUGGGGACAAUAUGAACAAGCUAUAGAUAGGUGAAAACUAGAAAAAAGAAUUAAGAGACAUGUUUUAUUUAAUUAUAUUUAUUUCAAAUGUACAUAUAAAUGUUGUGCAAUAUACAGUAUACAAUAUCUAAAGGUAUGCAUUUCUGGAAAUGUGUUUUAAAAGGUAUGAAGUUCUAUGAGGAUAGUAUCAAAUAUAAAAGGUCUAUGUAGUAAGGUUCGUUUGGAUGACGUGUGGAAGUGGCUCCUCGGCGAGCUUCUAUAUGCUACUUUUGAAGUCAGGAAGUCAGAAACUCAAACUUCCUGCUGAGAAAAAUCAAGUUGGAGGAGUCUGACAUUUAGUAACUUGUUUAUAAUCCCCCAAAGCCCCUCAGUGCAACAUCUUAACAUAACUCGGAUAUUAGAGGAAGAAACAUGUGCUGCAUCAUUAAAGGUCGGAUCGGGACUGUAAUUAAGCUGAGAUCAGGCCUACAGCUCGACGUGAUCAAGUGUAGUAAAAGCAUACUAUAACAUCAUUUAAGAUCAGGCAGAGGAGGCAGAAAUUCCUGUAGGCAUCUAAUAAAUUACCACAUUUAGCUGACUUGUAGUCCCGGCUGCUCAAAUAUCAAAUAUCAGAUCCUUCAAACAUGUUGACGGGGCUUUUGGGGCGCACACAAUGUUGUUUUUGUGCGAUAUUUUUUACGGUGUUUUGCCUUUUUCUUAUAGUUUGCCCACAGGCAGUGAGAGGAAACAUCAAGAGAGAACAGGAUGAUGUGUGAGAAAGAUCCCGAAUGAGGCCAGAACUGAGUAGCUGUCAUAAAUCUUUGACUGGCCGCUGUACCGCAACAGCAGGCUCGGCUUCAAUACCACGGAAAAUUUACCCCAAAAACAAUUAAAAAUGGCAGGCACUUUGCAAAUAAAUUAAAACCAGAAUCAGGGGGGACAGGGACUGUUUUUUUGUGUGGCAGGUGUACAAGGUUUAUGCGGACACAUGGCACAAGACAAGCAAGAAUCAAGACAGGAAAGGCAUACUGUAGCAUGAAUAUAUCAGUCAUUUGUGAUUAGGGAAGAUCUCAGCACUUCCACUCAUACGCACGACAUCUCUUUAGAUUUUAAGUCCAGCUUGCACUGAAUGUAUUCAGGCCUGUGUGUUUGCAGUUCACAUGUGCAGCCACUCAUGUGUUUAAUUGCAUUAUAUGAGAGACUGACAUUUCUGAUCAUGGGAGAAAACGUGCCAGACUACGACGACUCCUCGUGUUUAUUUGCUCUUAGCAGGAUCUCUUCAGACUUCUUCAGCAUAACAGAGCAGCCGGCGUCGGUUUAUCUGUCUGUGUGUGACGUCAGCGCCGACGCUCAGUCCUCGAGUAGAUUAAGGACAGCACUGUGGAGCGUUCACAGACCGGGUAGCUCGAUCCAGUGCAGGAGUUAAAUAUUCUGUUCUGGGAGUCAACACAGCGUCACUCAUUCGAGCACGGCAUCCAUCGGACAGUAUUUGCACACUUGCUUUAAUGCAGUUUACGCAGUUUAUUCCUUCUUUUCACUUCACCAAAGAUUGCUCAUUGUUUAUGCUGUAGGAUGCCAGAAUGAGCAGGGGUUUUUUAAGAUCACAAUAAAAGAAAGUGUGGAGUGCAGUGUAGUGAACCCUGGUCAAAUCUUUACAAGCAGUGAAAACACAGGUGAAGAUGAUGACACCCACUGAAGGUGCAAAACACUGAAAGGAUCAGUAAACUGGCUAGAAAUCAUGCACUUCUUGAAGCCAGUGUCUCAAAUCUGAAUCAGACAAGUGUCACUGUUUGCAAUAUUUAGGCCCCAGUCAAAGCAGCCACGCUGUUAUUAGAGAAAGGGAGUGGCGGUCGGUGAAAUUAUCAGGACCAUCUCGGGAGAGGAUUUAAAUCCUGCGUAUAUUUUACUUCAUACUGGUUGUGACUGUUUCUUUUCCAAGUAAAAUCCAAAUUUUGAAGCUGUUCUCCUCUCUGUCUUCCUCCCCAUAUAAACCAGAUCUGUAAAUACUGUACCUUUGAGUCAUGUGCGUGGAUUGUGUUGUAUCGACUCAGGCUUGCAUCAAAAUAACUAGGAGAAAAAAAAAAGAGAAAACAAAAUUGAAAAAAAAAAAAAAGACGGUAAAAACUCAACGAUCCCAAAAGAGCCAUGUUGUACUGUAUCUGCAUUCAUCUCUAGGCCUGCUCGUGAAUGAAUGUGUCACUCAGUUAUGAAGCAAUACACACGACAGUAUGUACACAAAAACGCCAUCAAGCUUGGUAGAGGUUGCCGACUUUAGAUCUUCUACUAGCACGCAGAAACGUAACUUUUGUUUGGUCUCGUAUCACUGCCUCCUCAAAUCCUUCUCAGUUUGGGCCAUUAAGAUGAGAGAAUAUGCUGUGGAUGUUUUUAUCUGUACUUUGUGGUAAAACAAUAAUAAAGAAAAAAACUUGCUAACAGUGA